AUGUUCGACCUUUUUCGGAUCUUUCCUCAAGCUCUGUUUUAUUGCCGGUCCGUCGUGACUUUCGUGAGUUGAUGAUUCAAAAAACGUGAUCAGAUCAGAUCACAAGAUUCUUUUCAGAUCAUUUUCUUGGGUUUCGCGGUCAUGAUUCUCGUGCUCCUUCACAUGUACUAUUUCGAGGAGAAGGAUCAGGAGGGAGAGGAUGGGUGCGAGGAGCCGACCGUCGUGGACACCGAAUCGGACAGCACCGAGACAAGAGUCGAAUCGCCGGAACCCGGUGGCAUCUGAUAAUUCUGGAUUUCCGUAUCAUCCAAUAAAGUCAUUACCAAAAGAAUACAUGCCCAACUCUCAAAAGAUUGCACUCUUCUGAAACAAGUCACAGGAUUCCAUCCAAUUUUCUCAUGCGGGGGCGUUUUCAAUUAUUCGGGAGGCAGCCAAUAUAAACAUUGCUAGUAGUUUUAGUUUCUGUCAUAUUUCUUUCUGGUAUUUGCAAUAAGACUGUGAAACCUCAACGUUAUAGUUCACACACAAACCAUUUUUUAGUUACAACCGGCUUGGAGAUCUUUACACCCUAGGUGUCACAUUAAUUAGAUGGAACAUCAUCUAAUCGUUGAAAAACUUUAUACGGAGACCGGUGGUAAUGCAAUUUUUAAUUCAUCACCCAGCUUUUUUGACGUUUUCCGCGGGCAGACGAACAAACAGACACGGAGGUCUGCGCGGGCGAGAUUCCACAAAAUAGCGCCAUUGCAUCAGUCUAACAUAUCUGUAUGGAUCUCAAGUUUCUUCGCGAAAAUUUGCUUUCUAGUCAUUCAUUUUUAAAGUGAUCAAUAAAUAAAUUCGUCAUAUGACCGCGACCGGUAAGUAACACCGCAAACAAGCGCAGAAACACAAAUUUGGAGAGGUUUUCCUGACCAUUGUGAAGAAAACCUUUUUGUCUCUUUAUUUAUUUUUCUGGCCAAAUUAAAAUUUGAAAACUAUUAUUUUUUAAGAGAAUCACUUUCUGAUGAUGAAAUCACUUUGAAAGAUCGAUUAGUUUCGAAGGCAUUCGCUCGUUUGCGCUCGUCAUGUGUUCUACACUUGUUUCUCACUCUUACUCUGUCUCUCUACUAUCUCCGUUUUUUCCACUGCCAAUCGUUUAUUUUCAAUGUAGAUCCACUCUUUGUGUGUGAUUUUCAGAGAAAAAAAAUCUACGAUGUCUUCCAAGAAUUGCUCGAAAAAUUUUCACGCGUGUCAAUGGGAGAGAGAUGUAAAUUUAAAAUAAAUUUUCCCAUUUGGAGUGAAAUCCGUUCCUUUUCAGAUCUUCUUCUUCCUCGCUCUCCUAUUUCUGGUCCUCAAUCUCGGACAGCUCGUUUUCACUUUCCGUACCAAGCUUUUCCGAUGCAUUCGCCGCGGAGCCGACCGUAUUCAAGCCGAAAUUCCGGAAUACGAGGAGCCGAUCAUCGGAAUUCGCGACUAAUUUAUUGGUCAGUUUCGAGUAGUAAACAAAUUUGCGCCAAAGGUUCACAUUCGUUUUGCUAACUUUGCGUUUUUGGACCAUUCAAACGGCUCUACCGGCAGUGAGAACUAGGGACAUAGAUUUUAUUGAAAAAUAAAGUUUCUAUGGGAUAAUCGAAUCAAAUUCAAGUUCGAAAUACAGUUUUUUUCAGAGAAUGGUUCCCCCCAAUGCCUUGCUCGUCUUCUCAGCCCAAACUGACACAAUUUCUUCGUCAUAA